AUUCUAACUACACAAAGUCGGAGAUUAUGCUGAGUGCCGCCAUCAUGACAUACUGGGCAAACUUUGCUAAAAGCGGGGAUCCUAACUGGCCUAUCGAGCAGAAGACGAGGUUUGUACAUGAGAGGCCCAACCGGUAUGAACAGGUGGAAUGGCUGUCAUACCGGGCUGACAAUGACAGUGACUUUUACAUGUACUUUGGAAUGAAACCUCGGGUUCCAAAAGGAUAUCGGUCACAACGAGUCGCUUUUUGGGUCGAACUUGUGCCCAAACUUUUACGACCAAAACAUGUCAGAAAUUCUGAGUCGUCUUUGGUGAAAGACCCAAACGAGCUUUGCGAACUUUUGGACACAGGCCAAAAUGCUGAUGGAGAGGGAGAGGGUACGGGGAAGAAGACAUCUUCUUGGAUUCCGGUAAAACCAGAUUCGGAAACAGUUCAAACAACGUGCAUGCCAUUCAUCGCAAUUCCAACCAGGAAUCCCAGCGCGAGUGACAUGUCAUGGCCUGGCAAGGACAUCACCUGGGUACGGAAGAAACCUGGCAACUCGUCGGAACUGAGUAUAGUCAUAGCUGUGGGUACCUCGUUAUUCUUUCUGAAUGUUGUUGUGUUUGCCGUCUGCUAUCACAGAAGAAAUAACAAGCCCAUCAGAUACUCGGAUGAAAACGCCCAGGAAAGAGUAAGGUUAAAGGUCACGGACGUUCGUGAAGUCAUCAAGGCGCUGGAGCUGGAGGACUGUUCUAUAGGCCCGAACGGUGAUUGCCAGUUAGAAACGACUGAACUGACAGAGUGUUCCAGUAAAGUUAUAUAAAAACUUAUCAAAGGGAAAGAAACUUGUUCGAGCACAUUUAAUGGAAACUCUUUCAGCUUUCAGUUUGAACAACGCCGAUAACCACAGUAUGGUAUUUCAGAUGUAAUUAUUUCCUAUGUGCCAGUUUUGUCCAUCUUAGACCGACGGAUAACAUCGGUCCAACUUAAAUAUCAGUUUAUAUCAGUCUAUGGACAGCCAGUAUAACACCCUUCGGCGUAACACACCAGCUUCUGUAUCUGUACAGCCGGUAUAACCUCCCAUUGGUGGAACACUACAACUUCGAUA